AUGUCGAACCUCAACCUGAUCAACGAAAUCAAGGUCGAUCACGACAACAUGCGCGACCUGCUGGAUCGAUUCAAGGACGCUCAUCAGAAGCGCAACGACGCGCUCUGCACCGACAUCGCCAACACGAUCAUUCACGAAGCUGCCGUCCAUUCGGAUGCCGAGGAAAUGUCGAUCUACAAGAUGAUGGACCAGCACGGAAUGCACUCUACUGCCGAGCAGGACCGCAACGAGCACCAGCAGGUCAAGCAGCUCAUGGCCAACCCGGACUCGCACGGCAUCUCCACCGUCGGUCUGGACGAGUAUGCCAAGCGCGUCGUCGAGGCAUGCGAGCUCUUCCUUCGCCACGCCGACGAAGAGGAAAAGGAGCAGCUGCCGCGUCUGGUCGAGGCGCUUAGCGACAACGACCAGUGCAAGGCGGUCAACGACUUCCUUCGCGCGCGGGAGCUGGCCCCUACUCGACCCCACCCCGCCGCUCCCCAGUCGGGCGGCAUUGCGCAGAAGACGAUGGGCGCCGUGGGCAAGGCCGCCGACGUGGCCCUGGACAAAGGCCGCCACUUUGUCGAGCUUAGGCACCACCAUCGCGAGGUGCACGCCGCCUAA